AAGCGUCCGGACUGGAAGGGGGGUGAAAGUGUCCGGACUGGAAGGGGGGUGAAAGCGUUCGGAACUGGAAGGGGAGGAAAGUGUCCGGACUGGAAGGGGGGAAAGUGUCUGGACUGGAAGAGGGUGAAAGUGUCUGGACUGGAGGGGGGUGAAAGUGUCCGGACUGGAAGGGGGGGGAAAGUGUCCGGACUGGAAGGGGGGGAAAGUGUCCGGACUGGAAGGGGGGGAAAGCGUCCGGACUGGAAGGGAGUGAAAGCGUCCGGA